AUGCUCCUUAUCAAGGACAACGACAAAAUUGAUAACUCCUCCCGUGAUAAGAACAGACCAAAGCAUUUGCUUGAUUUUGUACGACGAUCACUCAUCCCAUCUACAACUCGACAGGCGGAGAUACUUACCCCAAAAAAAGAAAAAGAAAAAAGAAGACAGGCGGAGAUCAUCAAUGGUGGAAAUAAGAAUAAUAACAAGUCGUGUUUGCGUUUUGUACCACCAGCAGCGGCAGCUUGGGCCCGCUGGUUGUGCCUAGUGGGAGAUCCUCCAAAGGAAGUUCAUAGGGCACCACGUAUCCGGUGUGCGACAGAGCUCGAUAAGGCCAGUGUCAAGUUCAGGAAGAACAAAAAUCCCACAAGCUUGACGAAGAUAAAAUUCAACAACGACACGGGAGUUCUGACGAUACCAGGUAUAAUGAUUGACCAUGGAACAGAGAUUAUCCUCCGAAACCUCGUCGCCUACGAGCAAUUCAUUGAUGACUAUAGUAAAAUCACGGAGUAUGCAGCCUUCAUGGAUGGUCUCAUCGAUUCUCGCGAGGAUGUUGAUUUGCUACAGAAGAAUGGAAUUAUUGAGUCCAUGCUUGGCGACCCAACUGAGGUGUCUCGAUUAUUUAAAAAUCUUCUCAAAGAUGUCGCGGUACCUUUUUGGGAUACUGUCCCUGUCCGCAUUAGACUGGAGCACUACUAUAAUAUACGAUGUCAUAAAUGGAAGGCAAGCCUGAUGCGUAACUAUUUCAAUUCUCCAUGGUCAUUCAUAUCACUCGUUGCUGCCAUAACUCUCCUCGCCUUCACUUUCAUACAGACCUUUUAUGCUGCCAUAGCUUAUUAUCAUUAG